UUGCAUUGCUUUGUGAUCAAUGAAAAACAUUGAUUUGAUUUUUGUCAUGUUCUUGAUUGUUUAUUUUGAAUUGAUUGUGUGCUGCUUGGAUUUUGUUGAGUUUGCUGCAAAAAAUCGUUAUAGAAAUGUAUCAAUCAUCUUGUGACGAAGUACCCGAUUCUUGUGACAAUGAAGAAGUAAAAGAAAUGGAAAUAUCUGAAAAUGAGGAGACUCACACGACCUAUGAAUUGAUUAAAAAACUUGCUCCGAAAACCAAAAAUGGACGCAAUUGGACUGGUUGGUCAGAUGACGAAAAAAAAUUAUUGUUGGACUCGUUUCACAAACACAUUAUAGGCAAGUCAUUGCCAAGAAAGGCUGAAUGUCUCAGUUUGAUUGCAAAUAAUGAAAUGUUGCAAAAAAGAAGCUGGACCAAUUUAAAGGAUUGGGUACGGAAUGAUAAACGAAAAACUGUCCCAGCUUAAGCUGAAGUUUUGACACGUGGUUUGUUUUUAUAUAGCUGUAGAUUUAUUUUGAGUUGCUUUUUUAUUUGAAUAUGGUGUAUUUCUUACGGAAUUAUAAACGAAAAACUGUGUCAGAUUAGGCUAUAGUUUAGACUUGUUUUUUUUUGAAUAGCUGUGGAUAGCUUUUAUGUGUUUGUGAAUAUGUGGAUGUUUUUCUUUUCUUUUUUGCGAAAACUUUGCGUCAAUAUAUCGAGUUCUUUUUUUGUGGUGUUACCAAGAUUAACUCAAAAGUGUUCUGACUUUUCAAAUAAAGGAAAUGCACCUGUAGUAAUUUGGGCGGUUUAGCUGAAAAAUGAUACUAAGUUUAUUCAGAAAUCCAUCCUGUAAGUCGAGAGUCACUUGGUCCCCGUAGACCAGAAAGCUACAAUUUCCAUUCUUGCUUUCGAUACCAAUCAUUACUGGGGACGAUUCCCCUUUUUUUAUGGAAGUAUUUGUUAUUAAAUUUUCGUUAACUUCUAUAUUCUGUAAGUUGUUUAGAUUGUUCUGUUGCCCAGGUGGAGUAUUAUAAAUUUAAACAAACUUUAUGGUCUUUCUUUUGGCAGUGGUUGAUUAACCAAAAUAAGAACGUUCAUUCCAUUUUUUCCAAACAACCAAAAGUGGAUACAGAAUCAUUUUAUGGUCAGACUUACAUUCACAAAGACUUUUGAAACUGGAAAACGCAGUUCUGUUUGUAAGUUUUCCAGGGCAUCAAAAUUUAAGCAAAACUUCGUGCUUCAUGUUCUAAUCAUAACUGUAUCUCGGGACUCACUGUUCCAAGUCGACCAAACCAUUCCUUUGAAAUAUGGCUGAAAGACGGCCUGGUUAAUGCCGAAAGAAUAGACCUUUAGUUUCUUGCUUUUUAACAUUCGCAAAAUAUUUUUUAUUUGAACAAACUUUAUUUUUUAUAGUUUUAGUUUUUAUAGCGACAAUUUAUUCACUUUGAAGUAGGGGAUUUUAAAACGUUUUGUUGGGUAAAUUCGACCCUUUUUCUUGUUUUUCAACAUCGGCAAAAUAUUUUUUUUGCUCGUUUGGUAGUUUUAGUUCUUAUUUUGCUCAAAA